CGAAAGAAAAAAAAAAAGGGGAACCAGCCAUGCUUUGAGAAACCGGUGAAGCUUGAUGGUUCUUGCCUUAUUUUCUUGUUCUAGAACUGAAAAUGGAACCCAGAAAUUCUCCCCCCUGCUGGAAAAUCCGGAUCUGCUGCUGCUUCCUCCUCCUCACCGCCGGCUGCUCCUGCUUUGUGGGGGUGAAUUGCUCGGUUUUUGCUUGCCGCCGGCCUCUUCCCCCCUGCAGCUCCGGUUUUUACAGCUGGAGAAUUAUGGUUCCUGAUCGUUCUGUCAGUUAGCACCGAGAUUGAAUCUUUGGUUUUAUGCGAGUGAGGUAAGUAAAUUUAUGGUAAUGCCCGUACAGUUUUUAAAAGCAUGUUUUAAUUUGUUUUUGAAGUGGUGGCGGGACUAAACCCGUUUUAUACAAAAAUGAGCAUGAUUGAUUUGAAAUAAUAUUAUCAUUCUUUUUAUUGAUUUGAGUAUGCUUGCUUGGAGUUUAUUUGACUGUCCUAAAGAUUUGAAAGUGAUUGUGAAUUGUGAUUUUUCUGUUAACUUCUGCCUGUCCUAAAGAUUUGAAAGUGAUUGUGAAUUGUGAUUUUUCUGUUAACUUCUGCCUGUUUUGUCUCCGAUAUGGUCAUGUUAUUCGUGUGCCCACUAGUGGGAGGUUUAUAAACGCUAGCAUAUGUCGACAUGUUACUGAUAGAACCGGUUCGUUAUCCUGCUAGUGGGAUUAUACACUAGUAAAUCGUGUGCCUGUCAGUGGGAGGUUUAUAACACUGGCCAUGACCUAUAGAGGAGACGUCUAUUUCAUGCCUAUACUCGUAUCUAUUUUUUGUGAUUAUACUUGUUGGCAUGCUAAAGUUUAAUCAAGGGCUAUCCAUAUU